UGUAUAGGCACUCAACUUUGGAGUCCUCCUCACCUUUUUAUUGUGGGCGCAAACAACGGCUUAUUCGUGAAAGCUUGUUUUCAUCACAGAUUGCUUUCCUCAACAGCGACGUUAAUAGAUUUGAAUGCUGAAUCUUGGAAUAAAUGCCUCUAAAGAGGAAUUUUUUAUUUUGAGGGUUAUUGUAACAGGUGUGAAGCAGAUUCAUCAAAAUACAACAUCACUGGCAUUUUAAAGAGGUGUGAUCUGCGAGAGGAAGAGAAAAUGGAGAAAAAUCUGUUGUUGGAGCAAAAACAUGGCAAGUCGAGGGUUCGAGUCGCCAGAGUGUGGAGGCAGCCCGAUGGCACACAAAUAUUCGUGGAAUGGACCGUUAAUAUUUCGCUUUAUUCCGACUGCAUUCCUGCCUACACGGAUGGCGAUAAUUCUGAUAUUGUUGCCACUGAUUCCAUGAAGAAUACGGUUUAUGCUAAGGCGAAGGAGUGUUUGGAACAACUAUCAGCUGAGGAGUUUGGUAUUCUUUUAGGGAAACAUUUUACCUCAACUUAUCCAAAGGUCACAAGUGCCACAAUAAAAAUUGUUGAAAAGCCAUGGGAGCGAAUCUUAAUUAAUGGCACACCACAUGAACAUGGUUUUAAGCUUGGAACGGAAAAGCAUACGACAGAAAUUAACAUAAACAAAUGUGGAGAAGUGCACGUGACAUCUGGAGUAGAAGGGUUAGCUUUAUUGAAAACCACACAGUCUGGAUUUGUUGGGUUCAUUCGAGAUAGAUACACCUUAUUGCCAGAAACAAAGGAGCGCAUCUUAGCUACAGAGAUAUCUGCUGUGUGGAGAUACUCAAAAAAGCCAUCUUGCUAUACAACAGCUUACAUUUCUGUGCGAAAAUUACUAGUUGAUGUGUUCUUUGGUUCACCACAUGAGGGUGUAUACAGCCCUUCUGUACAAAAUACUCUCUAUUUUAUGGCAAAAGCUGUCUUGCACAGAUUUCCAGAGAUUGAGUCAAUUCGUUUGAGCAUGCCCAACCUCCAUUUCCUACCUGUCAACCUGCCAAAUAUCGUAAAGUUCGAUCAUGAUGUCUAUUUGCCUACUGAUGAACCUCAUGGGACAAUUGAGGCCAGCUUGACACGAAAAAACUUAUCUACAUUCUCAAAGCUGUAGCUGGAAUUGGAAUUUCAGUACUAAUUAGAUGUACCAGAGAAACAUUCAGAUAUUGUUUUCCCUCUUGGUUGGUUCUAUCAUUUCUAGAAAUAGUACAUCCAUCAAGAAAUAAAUAGACAGUGAAAUAUUUGUGUACUUCUUACUGUUGCCUUUCAAGAGAUUGAACAUAAUAUUGAUUUGCCUGCUAACGAAUCUCAUGGGAGAACUGAGGCUUCUGAAUACAAACAGAGACCAGUUUUUCAAUGGUGUAGUAUACUCAGAGUUGCAGCAAUGUUGUAUGUAUCUAGAUAUAUUUUCACAUACUGCUUUUGGUUUUGGAUUGUUGUCAAAUGCAAUUUCUUAAAUGAAAUAAUACGAGCCCACUUUUACACAAAA